AUGGGCUCCCAUCGCGCCUGGUUCGGGGGGCGCCUCGCUGGCGUCGACGAUGCCUUCGCGGGAGCAGAGGAUGCGGUGCCGGACUGCGACAGCGAAGUGGUGCGCCGCAGCGCAGCGCUUGUGGCGCUGCACCCCGACGAGGCCACGGAGGCGGUGGUGGACGCGGCCCUGGCGCUGCGGAAGCCGUUUCUGGUGGUCCCCUGCUGUGUCUUUGCGCGGCUCUUCCCCCAUAGGCAGUUGGCAGACGGAAGACAGGUCAACACCUUGUCGGACUUCUUGGAGUUUCUCAAGGCGAAGCAUCCAGCCAUUCGCCAG